CCUCCGGGGCGACACCCCAAGCAUCAUAUCCACAGGUUUGAGACAAUUUAAUAUACUAUUUCACUUGAUUAACUCGUAUUUUAUGCUCUUACGCUUAGUGCCACCCGAUGUUAUAGUUUCAGGUCCCGCCUGCGUCGAUGCCGUAUGUUGACUCAUUUUUUGGAGAUACGACCUUUACGACCACUCAGGAUCCACCAGGGCCAUCUGAGUCACAGGUCCCCCCGGCGCCGAUGCCGUAUAGUGACUCAUCUUUUAGACAUACGACAUUUGCCAACCCUCGAGAUCCUUUUGCGCCAUCUGAUUCACAGGUUCGCCAGCCACCGAUUCCGUCUUUUCAUUCAUAUCUGGGAGAGAUGGGAUAUACUCCACUAGGUACGCCGGCUCAGCCAGAGUCAGAUCAGUCAUGGCCUGCACCGCCGACGCAUUCAGAUGUCCCAUGGCGUACGUCGACAGAGUCGGAUUUCAUUGAACAGUUGUUCUACUAUCCCGCCGCACCUACUGUAGGACAGGCGUCAUCGUCACAUCAGCUACCACCUUCUGGGUCGCCUCAGGCUCAAGAUCCUUCGCAUAUGUAUUUCUCGACUACGGAACCGUGGUGCUCUGGUGCAGAUCUGUCUGCUGAUCCGUUUUCCGGUGAUUGGUUUCAGCAUUUUACGCCUCCUGGUUUUACCCUGUAUCCGGACAUCACCUCGCAGGAUCUGCGAGACACUACUCCAGCUCCAGUUAUAGAACAGCCACACCAGUCCGUAGACGAAGACAGUGACGAUUCAGAAGACAACGACGAUUCUGAUAACAGUGACGAGGGUGACGGUGGCGACUAUAACCCUGUGACUGAUACCUCACGUCACCGACGCACUCAGCAGGGUUAUGACAUGAGAACCCGCAUGCGGAAACCGGCUCGAUAUCGUGACUAGUUUUAAUACUUGUAAACAAUUUUAAAAUAAUAUUGUUAUUUUAAAUUAUUACAAAUGUUAUAAUUUGUAUUUAAUUUUUAAUGUUUAAUAUUUUUAUCAAUUUUAAA